AUGGAGGAGAUCUUGGAUGUAUCAAGUUUGCGCCAGAUCGAAGAGAUGUUCGAGAGUUUAACCGUUUCACGUGGCAGUGUCUUGAAGGGCAUGACGUUGCUGAUGGAUCGUGCUACCUCCGCUAUCCAAAUCGCGAAAAUGAUGGUGUCGUAUGGAUUGGAGCAGCACCAAGGAGAAGGGACGAACAACCGUGCCACUGGCGGGCAGGACCGCCAAGCAUCAGACAAUGAUAAUGUUGGAGAUCAAAGCUUACCGUUGCCAUCGUCGUCCUCAUCCUCAUGGCUAGCGCGUCUCUAUCUCAUCAGCGACGUUCUGCAGAACAGCUGCAGUGCGCAACAGCCAAGGGCAUGGUUCUAUCGAAAAGAGCUGGAAAGCUCCUUGCCAGAGUUUUUUCACUUGGGAGCCGCUGGGAAGAAGUCCAAGUCCUUAAAGAAAGACGUUAUGCGUGUGGUGGAUGCGUGGCAAGAAGCUUGCUUGUUCUCCCCAAUGUAUUUGCAGGGAUUGAGGGCGACUUUUAUACUCGCGGAUCUCCUCGUGCUGAAGGGGAUGAACAGUGAGAAAGAGACCAGUACUAGAGUAGAACAACAACAACACCAAGUCCAAGAUGACUCUCUUCGGCCUCAGCUUUUGGACAAGUUCAUGGAGAGUCCUCGGAUGAUCGUGCGUUGCCGUGAAUGGGAAAGACUCGAGCACUACUCACAACUGGAAAAGCUGUGUCGGCAGAGAGGUGUACGACAUACUUUUCAUGAGCAACAACAGCAAAGUGCUGGUGGGCGGAAUGGGAAGGGAGGUUCAGCAGGUUUUGCAGAGAACGCCACCACGCCAAGCCCUGAGCAAGUUGAUUUAGAACGGCGUGCUUUUCUGAUCCGGCAGCUGGCGCUUUACGAGUACUAUCUCUGUGACGGCAAUGGUGAACUCGUGACCACAUCCUUGGACGAGAAUAGCGGUUCCCAUAGCACUUUGGAUGGGGCAGCUCAACAAAAUGGUCGUGGUGCUCAACAAAAUGCUGCCUCUCCAUCUUCAAAUUUUCUUGUAGCCACGACUUCCAGUAGAGGUGGAGGCGUUAUAACCAACGGCAAAGGUGGUCGUAGCACAGCACCAGGACGAAUGGGAAUGGCUCCCGGCGUAGGAGUUGCUGUACCAGCUAGUGGCUAUGCAUUCAACAAAGGUACUGGAGGUUCGAAUCCUGGCAGUCUCAUCUACGAUCCAGCAGUCGACGGGCAACCUCUGGAGAGGUCAGUGAGGUCGAAAUUGGAGAGACAAGUGAUUUUGAAGGAUCUGUGGUUGCUCUACGAACGCCUGGAAAAACUGAACAGGGAAGACGAGUACCAGAUGCACAAGAAGAAGAAUCAAAUGCGUUUGGUGAAAGAGGGAAGAAUUGCGCAGAUGCUGAAUACAAGGCUUUAUGGAAAACUUAUACAUAGUUCCAAAUACUUAGAAGGACGAGAGCUUAAACAAAAUAUUAUAGUAUUAUAAAGCUUGAUCCGAUCAUUAAAAUCUAGAGGUUGUUGAUUUGAACUACAAUGAGGGAAUUUCGCAUUAGAAAUGGUAUCUUCACAAAGACAACGCUCUAAUCCGAAGAUUUGGUGCAAGGAGAUGGCAGCGCAGUUCUCGGAGGAAUGGCUGGACUAGAGGAUCUUGACGGUCAAUCACCUGGAACGUGGCACACUGUUGAACGAGUAGAAGAGAAACCACUUCGUGCGAGACAAGCAGCCCUGAAUCAGCCAGCCGCGAAGGACAAAGAGGAUGAUGACGGUGACCAGGGUAGUCGCUCCAGUAGGAGUGGGCGCGCACGUGAUCGAAGUCGCGCCCGCGGACGACAUAUUUUUAAUAAGAAGGACCACAAGAGAGAAGCAUCUUCAAAAGAACGCAGUAGGAGUCGAGAUCGAGAGCAGCAGAGGCAUGAUUCACGCAAGAGAAGGCGUUCAGGUGGUAGAGAUGAGCAUGGCCUACAUGGUGAUCAUAGACGAACAAAACGUCGUAGAAAUGAUCAAGAUUGUAGGCGAAAUAGGACCAGAUCUGCUUCUUCAAGGUCCAGCAGGAGCAAGGAGAGGGACCGUGAUCUCAAGAAGGCUUCUCGAAAGCAUGAUAGCAGACGGCGCGAGCAGAAAGAGAGGCGACGGGAAGAUUCUGACAGAGACAGAAGAGAUCGCGACAGAAGUAGAGGACGUGACGGGGAUCAUGCUGGUGACAGAACAAAGAAGAGAAGCGCAUCAAGUAGAGAAAGAAGUAGAAAUACUAGUAGUAAAGGCCCUAAUGAAGCUGACCGUGGAAACAGGAGAAGACAUGAAGAUCCGAAAGCUGCUAAGCGAAGGACGAAGCCCUCUGAUUCUCGAGCAUCUUCAGGCUCUUCCAAAGCUGACGCGGAGGGCGAAGACCUUGAUGGAGCUCCGAUGGAGGACAUCGAUGGGGCCCAGGAGGGAGAUUCUAACGACAUAGACGGCGAGGCGAUGGAAGAAGACAUAGAUGGAGAACCUAUGCCUGCUGUGUAAUAAGAUGGAGAACCUAUGCCUGCUGUGUAAUAAAUGUUAAUGUUUUUAGUCGUGUAGGACAUGAUAGGCAUUGCGCACAUUUAAUGACUUCCCACUCCGCAGUGCCCCACCAAGCCCAACGCAAGCGUGGUUCCCGCCGUUAGUAGUACCCCUUGAGUGUGCAGUAGAUACGCACUCAAUAUUACGCGGAAAUUUUUCUCGUACGACCUUUUUCCACUUACACCAUAAUUUCAAACUUGUCGAUACUCUCUCUGUAAUGGAAACAAGUCCAUAACGCACUCCAUUCAGCGCAGGAAACCAU